CCACUCUCUAACUUAUUCACUUCCUCUCCAACAUACACACAAGUUCACACGCACAAGCGCGUACGCAUACUUCUUUUCUCCGCCUUUUUUGGAAAAUACUCCCCCUUUCACCGCUUGGUUACACACACGUUAUGCCCUUCUUUACACUAAAGUCGAAAAAAGUCAACAGCGAAACCAGCCCUCAAAAAAGCUAUUCCCAACAGCAGGAACAAGUCCGACUCGGCUCCUUGACAGCUACUGCGGCAGGUAACAACGUAAGCUCUGCUUUUCUUCGCGAUCCUAUGAGAAACAGCAAAAAGCCCGAUGUCCUGGGUGGGUUCGUAGAUCCUAUGGGCGGUCGUGCUGUCUAUUAUCACCAAGGCAUAGAUCCUACCAACACUGGCGCCUAAAACAGCAGCAAGCCAAGUCUCAACUCCAAAACAUACAAUCAAUUAAUAGUACAUAUACUACGUAAGCAUCCAACAUACGAAAUUUUAUGAUCAAGAAGGAAGCUCACUCUAGCAUUAUUCCGCCUGGAGGAAGAAGAAAAUUAACUGCGGCUCAAACAAACACACAACAUUAACUACUAGCUUAUACAUAUCAUUCUUAUCUAUAUCAAUAUGCAUUUUAUAUCAAAUAAAC